AUGGCGAGUAUUUACGUCAGCAACGGCGAAGCGAGCUCGGAGUCGCUGAAUUUGAAAACGCCGGCUUCGUUCAGGGGUCGGAAGAAGUCGGCAAACAUUUCAAGAGCUGGUUCAGAAGUCGAUGACAUCAUCCACCUCUUGCACGGCUCCGAUCCAGUUAAGGUCGAGCUCAAUCGUCUUGAAAACGAAGUCCGUGAUAAGGAUAGGGAAUUGGGAGAUGCACAUGCUGAAAUCAAGUCAUUGAAGUACUCUGAACGCCUGAAGGAGAAGGCGGUUGAAGAGCUAACUGAUGAGCUAAAGAAAGUCGAUGAAAAGCUAAAAGCCACUGAAGCCCUUCUAGAAGGCAAGAACCUAGAGCUUAAGAAGAUAAAUGAAGAGAGAAAAGCAGCUCUGGCGGCACAAUUUGCUGCAGAAGCUACGCUUCGACGAGUCCAUGCUGCCCAGAAAGAUGAUGAGAUGCCUCCCAUUGAGGCCAUCAUCACUCCACUGGAAGCAGAGCUAAAACUGGCUAGGUUGGAGGUAGCAAAAUUGCAGGAUGACAAUAGAGCACUGGAUCGGCUUACUAGAUCCAAAGAGGCUGCUCUACUUGAGGCUGAACGAACCGUUCAAAUGGCUUUAUCAAAAGCAGCCUUGGUUGAUGAGCUGCAAAAUAGAAACCAAGAUCUAUUGAAACAGAUUGAAAUAUGCCAGGAGGAGAACAAAAUCUUGGACAAGAUGCAUCGGCAGAAGGUUGAUGAGGUUGAAAAGUUAACCCAAACUGUUCGUGAGCUUGAGGAGGCUGUUUUGGCUGGUGGGGCUGCUGCAAAUGCUGUGCGUGAUUACCAGAGAAAAUUGCAAGAAAUGAAUGAGGAGAGAAGAAUUCUAGACCGGGAACUAGCUCGUGCAAAGGUUUCGGCAAACCGGGUUGCUACUGUUGUUGCAAAUGAGUGGAAAGAUGCCAAUGACAAAGUUAUGCCUGUGAAGCAAUGGCUUGAAGAAAGAAAAUUUUUUCAGGGGGAAAUGCAACAGCUUAAAGAUAAAUUGGCAAUAGCAGAGCGCACUGCAAAGGCAGAUGCGCAGUUAAAAGAAAAAUACCUACUACGGUUUAAAGUUUUGGAAGAAAGGCUUAAAACAGCUCCUAAUGGUAUUUCCAGCACCACUUCAGAAAGAAGUAUAAGAAAUGGGUCUUCACGACGAGAAUCUCUUGGCGGGGCAGAAACUUUGUCCCGACCAUCCUCAAAUGGGUUUUUAUCAAGGAGAACGAAUUCGCAAUCUGGGUUACUUCGAUCCAAUAGUGCGAACGCAUUAACAAAACAUUCCGAAAACUCAUCAAAAUCAUUCAACGGUGGUAGCAGAUCACUGGAUGAAUCUAAGCUUAAUUCAGAUACAGCUGUGAAAGAUAAUGGACCUAUGAAUGCUGAGGAACAGAUGCAAAGUAAUGAAAUGAUCUCCAUACAUGCAAAAGGCGAUAGGGGCGUCAUUGCAAACACCAGAGUAGAACAUCAAGAUUAUGUUUCUGGAAUGUUGUACGAUAUGUUGCAGAAAGAGGUUAUAGCUUUGCGGAAAGCUUGUCAUGAGAAAGAUCAGAGCCUCAAGGGCAAGAAUGAUGCUAUUGAGGUUGGACACUCUGUUCUCUGCCCAAUGUUGUUCUCUCUCUCUCUCUCUCUCUCUCUCACACACACACACACUGUGUCUGUCUCUCUCACACACAAUAGUGUUGUUUUGUUGUGA